AUGUCAAACUACGAAGCUUUGCUAAAAUUUAACAGAAAGACCGUUUCUAAAGAGAUGGUUCAAUACCUAGCUUCGACCACUGCUUCCAUUAUCAAAAUCAAGAAAACGAAUAGUAUGAUAGACAUCGCACUGCCAGCUCCACCCUUGACUAAAUUCAUUAAUGGGUUGAUAAAGCAUUCGAAUGUCCAAACUCCCACUCUUAUGGCCACCUCUGUAUAUUUGGCCAAACUAAGGUCCAUAAUACCGAGUAACGUCUAUGGCAUAGAGACCACAAGACAUAGGAUAUUUCUGGGUUGUCUGAUUUUGGCCGCAAAGACGUUGAAUGAUUCUUCUCCCCUUAACAAGCAUUGGGCCGAAUAUACUGACGGUCUCCUUGUACUACGAGAGGUUAACACCAUAGAAAGGGAAUUACUAGAAUACUUCGACUGGGAUGUGACUAUCUCGACAGACGAUUUAAUUACAUCCCUGUCGCCAUUCUUGAAGCCUAUAAAGGAGGAAAAGUUGCACAAGGUACAAAGAGACCGUCACAUGCUUGAUGUUCCCUCUGCUCAAGGGAAAGUCAUGGUUAACAAAUCUUCCCUUAUUCACUCACGUUCCUCGUCUAAUAUGUCUAUCCCAUCUUUGGCUUCCACCUCGACCUUGUCCACGCUGGAAUCUAGAAGAUCGAAUUUGUCCAAUUAUAGCAACAGGAUACAAGCCUUGCCCGAACUGAGUGAACCCAAUUGCUGUGGCAAGGACUACUCUCCGCGAGCUUCUAAUGUGGAUUCCAAACACAACGACAAGGAAAACAAGAGGCCAAUAUCGACAAGUAAGCCAUUUAAUUUCAGCAAAGUACGACCCGUAAUCUUGAAGACGGGGUUAGAUGGACCGAUGAUAAACGAGGAUUUAAGACCAAAGAAAUCAAAUUGGUCAACUUUCUUCAAAUAG